GUGUAGGAAGACCAGCACACUGGCCAGGGGCUUCUGGAGUUCCAGUGGCUAGUGGCCCCCGAGUGCCUGAGAAGAGAGAUAGAAGAGGACGAAGAGGAGCCAUGUGUAUCCUGUUGCUCCUAAUUGGCGGUAUUUUGUUCGCCUACAUGUUUCUUUUCUGGAAAGACCGGCUUCAGAGAAACCAUCAAAUGUCAUCAUCAGAUUCAACUGUUUUUGUACUAUUAAGAUCAUCCUCUUCUACUUGGUCAACUAAGCGCAAUACUGUUAACAGUCUUACAAUCAGCAAUCUCUCUCAGGAUAUAUUAAUUAAUUUUCCACAAUCAGUUGUCAUCCAGAAACUAAUCCUGGUAAAUCUCGGGAUGGCAGAAUAUAACCUGGUUGAAUUGGAACAUUUCCUAGUUACUGAGCAUAUAAAUGGUGCAUUCGUUGACACUAAUUCCACUGGCAUGUGUAUAGAAUGUAUUGACUAUGAAGUCAAUCAUUAA